GCUAGCUCUUCUGACCCUGCUAGUGGCUCAGAGGAGCCAUCAACCACUUCGUCUGAAAUAAGACGGCGGCUAGGUCCCCUUUCUGACCCUAGGUUCAUCCUGGCCGAUAACUCAUGGCUGGGACGAUUAGGCUCGGACCUUAGACCUUUUUCAGUGGUUAUGCCCAUGCCUGGCUACCACUUUGUCCUUCCCGGCCGAGAGGACACUAUUUUCAGUGCUCCUCCCGGCCAUUUUGCAGUUUAUCGGCUGGCAUUAGAUGCCGGCCUGCGCUUUCCCCUUCACCCUUUCAUCAGCCAACUUCUUCAGUAUUACGGCAUAGGACAUAAUCAGCUUGCCCCUAACUCUUGGCAAAACAUCCUUACCUUUCUGGCCGUCUGCAAUUUAAAGGGAAAGGACCCUUCUCUGGCCGCUUUCACCCAUAUUCACUACGUUGCCAAGGUCCCUAGGACCAUUGAAGGAAGCUGGCUGAGCGUGUGCAACCGUCAAGGAUUCUUGACGUCUUGGGAUAAGACUUCCAAGAUGCACUCAUGGAAGGGCGAGUUCCUCUUUGUCCAGGCGCCCAAUAAAGCGGUGGCAAACCGUCUUCGGUAUUUUAGCCGGACAACCACAAAUACUGGACGGAUGGCCUCAUACCUGGAACUGGAGAGUAACUCUGCCGAAGAGAUGGUGGAGUACUUCCGGGUUUCGGAGUAUACUAUGGAAGAUGUUUCUUUCAAGGGUCCGUCCAAUUGGAUUCCUUUUAAGGAAAUGUUUUACCAUGACAACUUCCUAGUCGCUGCCGGCUUACGGCAGGACGAGGACAGAGAUUCAGCCAGGAGCAAACUAAGGAAGUCUUGGAUUGGAGACAUGAGCUCGUCCAGAUUUGCGGAUACUCUAUGGAAGGAGUACAGUAAGUCAGGUGCCGAAAAGAGGGCCGACACUCUGAAAAAUGCCCCAACUUCUAAAGCUUUGGCCGAGAAAGCCGCCGCAAAGAAACGGCCGGCCGGCACCAGUGAGGCUCCUCCCUCAAAAAAGGCCAAGGGCUUUACUGCUAAGAAGAGGAAGACCACACGGCCGGUUCCCAAGCCCACACCUUCACAACCUGACGAGGUUGUCAUAUUGGAGGAUGCUGGACAAUCUUCUCAGCCGGACACGGCUGUGGACGGUUCCGCCUUUUCUGGGCCUGUGGCCCAACUCGUAGGCCAGAUGCCGGCUGCGUAUAGGACGGCUUCCCGUUCCUCUGCUUUUGGAAAGAUGUCUUCGUCCGAUCGUGAGAAGCUCAAGACGGAGCUGUUUAAGUGCUUUCCCGAACCUUAUAUCAAGGGGUUAAGGGGAGCAUCGUCUGGGCAUGUAGGUUACAUGUCUCAGCUUGCUGCCGAGCAUGAUAACAGAGGACUGGGCAAAGGAGCUCAGAAAAGAAAUAAGAAGCUCGUCCCGAUGUGA